AACUCGUUGAAAUAGUUUUCUCCCCGGCGACGACCGAUGAAACGGAGAAAGAUGACGACGAGACGCAUCGGCGAUCUUCUCGUUUCGAGGAAGAAGAAUAUGGGUUCUAAAGGAGAUAAAACAAAGAGAGCUCUAAUCGGAGCUGGUGGUCGGAUCCUGUUUUACCCAACUCUUGUUUACAACCUCGUCCGCUUCAAACUCCAGUCUCAGUUCCGAUGGUGGGAUCAAAUCGAUGAGUAUCUUCUGAUGGGAGCUGUUCCAUUUCGUAAGGAUGUUCCGAGGUUAAAACAUCUAGGUAUUGGUGGCGUAAUCACUCUUAAUGAACCUUUUGAGACUUUGGUACCAUCCUCUUUGUACAAUGCUUAUGAAAUGGAGCAUCUAGUGAUACCAACACGUGAUUACCUGUUUGCUCCUUUGAUUGCUGACAUAACUCAAGCUGUCAACUUCAUUCACAAGAAUGCUUUGCUUGGUAAAACAACUUAUGUCCAUUGCAAAGCUGGCCGAGGAAGAAGUACAACCGUUGUUCUCUGCUAUCUGAUUGAGCAUAAGGGUAUGACCGUAGCUGCAGCUUUUGAACACGUCCGGGCGAUAAGACCACGUGUUUUACUGCAUCCUUCGCAGAGGAAGGUUGUUGAGGAAUAUAACAACAGACUACAAUCUCCUUUUGAGUGAAUCAGCAGUUCCAGCAUCGAUCAAAAGCUAGUCAGGAGUUUUUUUUGCAAAGACUUCUCUGCUUCCUUUUUGGUUCUGUUAAAAUUUAUGGUUUUGACCCUCUGAUCCGGCUUGGUUCCUGCAAAAUUGUGGCCGGUCCAGCUGAUUAAUUAUUGAAUAUUAUUGAUUAACAACAAUUGUUCAUAGUACAAUUUUGUAGUGUUAUAUAUAAUUUGAUUUUGGUCU